AUGUCGGAGUUUGAUUCCGAGCUUUACUUCCGAGUGGCUUUCUUCGCUUUUCUUAUUCCUCUCGGUUCCGCUGACUGUGUUGAUCUGGAUCUGGGAAUAGAAAAUGAGAGAAUUUCAGAUCGUAACAUAACCGCUUCUUCAGUUCAAAAUGCCAGCACACCAGCCAAGAAUGGUCGACUGAACUACACAUCAGGAUCAUCGUGGUGUGCAAGACCAAGUGACACUAACCCGUAUGUACAGAUUGAUCUACAGACGCUCUAUAUCAUCUGUGCCGUUUCCAUCCAAGGGAAUUCUCAAGCAGAUCAUUGGGUGAAAAACUAUACACUUCAAUUUUCCAAUAAUGGAACAACUUGGAUGGUCUACAGAGAAAAUGGACAAAUUAAGACCUUUGAGGGAAAUAGUGACAGAGCCUCAGAGGUGAAGCAUGUUCUUUAUGAAAGUGUUGAAGCACACUACCUACGAAUCUUGCCAAGUGCAUACCAUGGUGCUGUGUGUAUGAGAAUAGAAGUGUUUGGUGUUAAGCGAAAACCAGGUUAUUAUUUCAUUAAUUACCUUUGA